AUGCAACACUUCGAACUGAAGGAUACUCCACCUUCCAUCUUCAGCCGGUCACUUUCAGCAAGAGCUCAAGUCUGGAGUUGUGUGUGUGUGGUGUGGUGUGAGGAAGAGAGUAGUGGUGGUGUUGAGAAGAAGAGAGGUUGGGGGUGUGGGGAGGAAAGUGAGGGGGUGUGUCGUGUGAGGAAGAUAGAUAGGGGGGGGGGGGGGUGUUGUGUGUGGGGGGGGGUUAAUUGUGUUGGGUGGUGGGGUGUUGUGUGUGUGGGGGGGGGGGGUUUGUAUAGGGGGGGGUUUUGGUUGUUGUGGGGGGGGGGUGUGUUUGUGUGGGGGGUUAAUAGUUUUGGGGUGGGGGGGGGUGUUUGUUGGGGGGGGGGGGGUUUUUGUGGGGGGGGGGGUGGUGUGUGUUGGGAGGGGGGGGUUUUUGUUGGGGGGGGGGGGGGGGGUGUUGUUGUGGGUGGGGGGGGGGGGGUGUGUGUUGGGGGGGGGGGGGGGGGGGUUGGUUUUAGGGGGGGGGGUUUGUUGUGGGGGGGGUGUUUUGUUGGGGGGGUGGGGUGUUGUGAUGGGGGGGGUUUUGUGUGGGGGGGGGGGGUUUUUGAGGGGGGGGGGUUUAUUGGGGGGGGGAUGGUUUUUGGGGGAGUUUUUGGGGGGGGUUUUUUGGGGGUGUUUUGGGGGGGGAUUUGUUUGGGGGGGGGGUUUUUGGGGGGGGGGUUUUUGGGGGGGGGGGUUUUUGGGGGGGGGGUGUGUGUGUUGGGGGGGGGGGGUUUGUUGUGGGGGGGGUGUGUUUGGGGGGGGGGGGUUGUUUGGGGGGGGUUUUUGGGGGGGGGGUUGUGA